AAUUAAGCGCAGAAAUAGAAAAACCUAAAGCAAUAUGUAAAAAAAAAAUAGAAUACCUCCUCGCAGGUUUGAGGAGGGAAAAGUUGAAAAUGAAAAGAAGUGUUGGCACCGGAAAGGGAACACAAGAAGUAUAUAAAAGCCAAUGGUUUGCAUUCGAAAGUAUGCAAUUCCUAUGGGAUAAAAAUAAAUCUAGGAGGACAUUAAAUACGAUGGAAGAUGAAGUACAAAUCGUAAGUCCAGAGGCGGUAGAAGAUGAGGUGACAGAGCAGUCAUAUAUGGGGCAGAAUGUAGAGAUGCUUGGGGGAGAACCUGGCCCCAGUACGAGCACCCCAUUGCGCCCAACAAGAACGGUUGCCGCGAAAAGGCGGCAUACCGAGAAAGAGGAUCGUUUGGAGAGGGCCUUUGAGAUUCUGGAGACUGCGUCAGAUCCACCACCUGACGAAUCCCAACAUUUUGCAAAUUUUAUUGCAUCUAAACUGAGAAAGCUGAACAAUUAUGAAAGGGUCCAUAUUGAAGCACGGAUAAUGCAAUUAUUUGUAGAAAUUGAACCUACAUGUAUAGAUAAUAUAUAAAAUAUAUAUAUAUAAUGUUAAAUAGCAUUCA